GAUGCUUUAUUCUCAUUCCAUUUUUUCACGCGUGCAGAUAGUUUCAGCUAGUUAAGUAAUCGGAAGCUGCGUGAAAAUCAUAUUAACCUUUGACCUUAUAAAUUGACUAGUUGUGUCUAAUUCAUUAUUUUACAAACUUUCGAGUCUGUUGUCGGCUCUUCUACUGAUCAUAACCACGUUUCCUGUUAAGGAAGAAAAAAUGAAGUCAUUUCGUGUGCGGAUUUGGACGUUUUUCAUCGUCUGCUUUCUAAAAAUAACAAGACAAGAAGUUCUAGAAUUUGACAACAUAUUACCAGACAACCCAUUAGACUACGACAACCUUCAACCACCCAAAGAGAAUGGCGAACCUACCGUUGUGCGCUUUCAUGUUUGGGUGUUGAAUCUAGAUUCAAUUGAUGAAGGUUCUAUGACCUACGUGGCAGACAUCUUCCUGUCUCAAAGCUGGAAGGAUCACAGACUUCGACUUCCAGAAAACAUGACCAGCUAUUAUCGUCUUCUACCCGUCAGCUGGUUGAAACGUAUGUGGAGACCGGACUCUUUCUUCAAGAAUGCCAAGAAGGUCACGUUUCAGGAGAUGACCAUUCCCAAUCACUAUAUUUGGUUAUAUGGCGAUAAAACCAUUCUUUAUAUGGUAAAACUAACACUAAUUUUAUCGUGCGCUAUGACGUUUGAAACCUAUCCUCAUGACACCCAGAUCUGCACCAUGAAGAUUGAAAGCUUAUCGUAUACUACUGACGCCCUUGUGUUUGACUGGGAACCAGAAACCCCACUGGUUGUUGAAGAUUCAAUUGAAUUACCACAACACAUCUUAGUAGAUAAACGCCUAGGAGACUGCACCCAAAUUUAUUCUACUGGGAAUUUCACGUGCAUCGAAGUAUCGUUUAAGUUUAAAAGACGCCUUGGCUAUUACAUGUUCCACACAUAUAUUCCUACUUGCUUGAUUGUCAUUAUGUCUUGGAUCUCUUUCUGGAUCAGACCCGAAGCUGUCCCUGCACGUGUCACGCUCUGUGUCACAAGUCUACUGACGUUGUCGACUCAACAUGCGCAAUCGCAGAAGUCAUUACCACCUGUAUCCUAUAUUAAAGCAAUUGAUAUAUUUAUGUCAUCAUGCACUGUCUUCGUGUUCGCCUCCUUGAUGGAAUACGCAUUAGUCAGUAUAUUAUUAGGAGAAUACGAUGAUCAAGAUGGCAAAAAAGGCUUACGAAAUAUGGUUGUUACAAAAAAAACUGAAGAAGAUGGAAAUUUUUGUAAAGGAAAAGAACCCAAAGCUCUUGCUUCCUAUGCCCAGAGAAGAAAAGAAAGAGCGAACCUAAUGGAUAAAAUAUCACGCGUGGCUUUUCCCUUAUCAUUUAUUUUUUUGAAUUCGGUAUAUUGGUGCGUGUUUUUAUUCAUGGAUCAAGAUUAGCGCCAUUGAAAGCCCUCUAGCCAUCACGUUUUGUUAAUAGCUUGUUGUUGUUUUUUUAAUAAUGUUGAUUAUGACGCGUGAGAUGAUACAGUAAUAUCAAAUUUUAACGAUUAAAUAUAUUAUUGCAGAUACUGUUCAAUAAUGCCAAUUUUUGUAAACGAAAUAUUAUACAUUAUCUGAUAAAUCAUAAGCUGUACUAUCUGCACAUAAAAGUUAAUAAAGACGAAUCAAUAAA